UUUUUCACGGAUAAAACAAGCGAUAUGAAUUAUAAGUGAGGUUAUAGAGGAAGCAGGUAGGCGGAUUUCUGUUGCAUUCAACCAGCCGGCAGAAAAAGGGGAGCAGUAUCUGGAAACCUGAAUGAGCAGUGUUUUUGAUUGGCUGUCGCUCAGUACAGGUGACACAGCUGAGCAGCAUGCCAGCACACCUGCUUGUAUUUCUACGUAAUUAAAAACCGCCUUGUAGAAACCGAACCGCAGAGUCAGCAUGUGUCAUGAGCUGUGAUGGCUGAAUCUCGGAGAGUUCAGUUGACCACUUUGUCCUGUGAUGUACCUUCAUCCUCUGACAAACCGGCUGCGCCACCCAAGUGUCCGUCAGGUGCUCUGCAGGUGAAAGAGGACCGUCCAGACCAGCCUGGAGACACGGACACAGUCCGACUGGUGCUCACGUUAUUUGAGCCUGAUGAAAGGAGUUUCCCAGAGUUCAGCUACAGUCAGCUCAUCGACAACAAGGUAAACAGCAUAAAGGUUGAAGUCCCACUGAGCAGGUUUGAAGAGGAAGAAAAGAGAGAAAACGAUGAGGCUGUUGCUAUUGCAAAGAGGUUGGAGGAAAAAUAUGGUGGCAAACCUAAGAAAAAGAAGGACCGCAUUCAGGACUUAAUUGAUAUCGGAUACGGUUAUGAUGAUGAAGAUUCAUUCAUUGACAACUCUGAGGCUUAUGAUGAAUUUGUACCAGCCUCCAUUACAACCAAAUUUGGUGGCUUUUAUGUCAAUUCGGGCAUGCUGCAGUUCCGCCAGGCUUCUGACACGGAGGACACAACAGACGAGAAAACACCUGAGCUCUCGAAAAAACGUAAAAUCCAUGGCGGACUGGAAAAGCCACAGAAGAAGCCAUGCAGAGAAGGUAGAGAAAGCAACGUGGAUCCAAAGUCAAGCACUUUGUCAGAGAUUGGAUUGAAUGAUGAGAUGAAGAAGAAAAAGAAGAAAAAGGCUGUUGGCGCGUUAAGCGUCACCAGCAUGUUGAAGAAAUUUCAACGAGAAAAAGAUAAGGAGCGACAGGAGAUGCAGAAAGCAAAUCAGAGGGCAGCAUCAAUCAUGGGUGCACCCACAAUCCCUCUAUGCCCUGCAGAUGCAGGUGGUGGCGGGGGCUCAGGAGUGACCGACCCUCUCCUCAGUUUAAUUGGAUCCACCAAUGACCACACUCUUAUCCAAGCAGCCAACACAGUGGAUUUUGAUAUCGAUUUGGACUCUUUAUUAGAUGUCAGUGAAGGGGCCUCGUCAUCACCAAAACUGGUUCCUCAAAUUGCUGCAGAGACGCAGCUUUUCCAACCCAAUGCAGAGGAUUUCACUCAAGCUCGGCCUCCAAUCACAAAGACGAACUCACAGCUGAAGCCUCAUUCAGAAGAAGUCCAGCUCCUGCCACAAAACAGCUCUAUGCUGCCUCAUCAGUGUGCUCCACUGCCAGAGGGACUUCCCCCAGGACUGGAAGACAACAUUCAAAAACUCAUGGUGGCUGCCAAGACCUCAGAGGGGGAGUCAAAACUAAAGUUCUUCACUCCAGAAAUCAACUCAAUCCUGCUAGAUAUUGAGCUGCAGUGUCGGGAACAGGGCGGCCAGCUGCGUUCCAAAGUGUACACACACCUGUCAUCCUUCCUGCCCUGCAGCAGAGAUACACUCCUCAAACGUGUAAAGAAACUGUUAGUCACACACAUGGAGGAACUGCCUGAUGUGGAGGACCCCAUGCGCAAGGAGGAACUGCCUGAUGUGGAGGACCCCAUGCACAAACUUAAGAUGGCCAUUGGCAAAGCUAUGCCCGAGCAGCUCGCACGUUUCCAUGAAACCUGCCAAGUAUAUGAGCAAGUCAAGACUUCAAAAGCAAUGGAGGAGGAGAUGGAAGGCAAACCAGAGGACAAUGUGGAGGAGAAAGGCGGGAAAAGAGGAGGUCCUAAGAAGUUGUUCAAAUGGAACGAGGAAAUCAGGGAGUGCUUGUGUCAUGUGUUAACGGUGAAAAUGGAGAGAUAUAAAAAGGAAGUGAAAGGAAGCCAGGAGCUGGAGGAGCACCUUAAGACCUUGUUAGACAAUGAGAUAAAACCACUUUGGCCAAAAGGGUGGAUGCAAUCUAGGAUGCUGAUAAGGGAGAGCAAGCACAUUUUAAACCUCGUUACAUCAUUACCAGUGAAGAAAGUGAGGCCUGAGAAGAAGAAGCAGCCACCUGUCAGUGGUCCUCCCACUACAUCAAAUGGUUGCAGCGUUCUCCAGGGAUCUCCACCACCGGAAGGACUGUCUGAAGACACAGACGUUAUUUUUAUCUCGAGCUCAAAUAUGUCAAGUUCUGUGUCACUUGGUGCUGCAAACAAGGAAGUUUCUGCCUUGAAAAAAGUGGAGGGUAAGACCAGAAGCCUGGCAAAUGAGGGUUCCACACACGUGAAGUCCAACGUACCUCCAGUCAACGCCACAUCUGCGCCGACAAAUUCACUUCUGAACCUCCUUGCCGAUCAAGCACUAUCACGGGAGCAACCUCUCUCAGUAUCACAGGAGAUCCUAGCGGCAGCUGUCGCAAAAUAUAAACACUCAGUCCAGCGCUGGACCUUAGGGGUGGACACUAAAAGUCCUCCUCUUCCUCCUCCGCCUCCUCAGUCCAGCCCAGUUGGUUUCCCACUGAGUGGGAAGGUGUGUCAGGUUGUUUUGCCCAAGCUGCUGCAGAUCGAAGACUUAUCCAGGCACAUGGAUGCUGGCCAGGUCCAGAUUAUCUCUGAUGACUCUGAGGUUACUAUACAAUGACAGCUCCCAGUGCAGAUUUACAUACAACACAAACUGUGGUUCUGUGCCGGAGAUGUGCUUUCUGUCGUCGUGUGUUGUCAUCUGAGAUUAAGAAAACGGCGCAUGAUACUCGUGGUUCUGACCCAGCACUGAGAAGUGAACUGACAUCCCACCGUAUGUGUUUCUGAUAAAGCCUUGUUAGAAACCUACUACUGAUAUUUAAAUUACCUGGGAGAAUAACCUGUUAACUGACUGUAUUUGCAAGGCUUUGUUUGAAAUCUAAAUGGUUUACUUUGAAUGAAUAAAUAAUAAAGAGCUUACAUGCAGCCA